AUGGAAUCUCAAUCCCAACAACUCCAUGUUAUUUUUCUACCACAUCUAACUCCUGGUCAUAUGAACCCUGUGGUUGACACAGCAAGGCUAUUUGCAAAACAUGGUGUUAAUGUUACCAUUAUCACCACACAUGCAAAUGCCUUGUUAUUCAAGAAAGCCGUAGACCGCGACUUGUUAUCUGGAUAUUCUAUCAGAACUUGUGAAAUUCAGUUCCCUUCAUCCCAAGUUGGUCUCCCAGAUGGAGUUGAAAACAUCAAAGAUGCUACUUCUCAUGAAAUGCUUGGCAAAAUAAUUCUUGGAAUUGCAAUGCUUCAAAGUCAAAUAGAGCUUAUGUUCCAUGAUCUGCAACCAGAUUGUAUAGUCUCGGAUAUGUUAUAUCCUUGGACGGUUGAAUCGGCAGCAGAAUUAGGCAUCCCAAGGCUUUACUAUUAUAGCUCAAGCUACUUCUCAAGCUGUGCAGCUCAUUUUAUCAAGAAGCAUAAGCCUUAUGAGAAUUUAGUUUCUGAUACCCAAGUUUUUUCUAUUCCUGGUCUUCCACAUAACAUUGAGAUUACUUCUUUACAACUACAAGAAUCGGUGAGGACCAAAAAUGAAUACUCAGAUUAUUUUGAUGCAGUGUAUGAAUCAGAAGGAAGAAGCUAUGGAACACUAUACAAUAGCUUUCAUGAACUUGAAGAUGAUUAUGAGCAACUUUAUAAGAGCACAAUGAGGACCAAAGCAUGGAGUGUAGGACCAGUUUCAACAUCUGUUAACAAGGGACACAAUGAAGACCUCUCAAUAGAGCCAAAAUUGAUUAAUUGGCUUAAUUCAAAGGCAAAUGAUUCUGUGUUGUAUGUAAGUUUUGGAAGCUUGACAAGGCUUUGUUAUGCUCAAAUUGUUGAAAUAGCUCAUGGACUUGAAAAUUCAGGUCAUAAUUUCAUCUGGGUUGUGAGGAAAAAAGAUGGAGACGAAGACAAAGACGGGUUUCUUCAAGGUUUUGAGGAAAGGAUGAAGGAAAACCAGAAGGGCUACAUCAUAUGGAAUUGGGCACCACAGCUUCUGAUAUUGGAUCACCCUGCAACAGGAGGGAUUGUAACUCACUGUGGUUGGAACUCAAUUCUUGAAAGCUUGAGUGUUGGUUUGCCAAUGAUCACAUGGCCAAUGUUUGCUGAGCAGUUUUACAAUGAGAAGUUGCUUGUUGAUGUUUUAAAGAUAGGAGUUUGUGUUGGAUCAAAAGUGAACAAGUUUUGGUCAAGUGUAGGUGAAGAUGCAUUGGUGAGAAGAGAAGAGAUUGCGAAGGUUGUGACAAUAUUGAUGGGAAGAGAAGAUGAGAGUGGAGAAAUGAGAAAGAGGGUAAGAAAUUUUUGUGAUGCUGCAAAGAAGAGUAUAGAGAAGGGUGGAUCCUCUUACAAUAAUUUGAUGCAGUUAAUAGGUGAGUUAAAAUCAUUGAAGACAUCAAGAGAGCUUGAAAAACAGUGA